GAAUUAUUUGUGGAGGCGUGGCUGAUUGCAGCCAAACAUCAACAAAGCACUUGAACAAGCUUUAGUUCUUCUGUCAGUGUUUGUCGCCAUGUCGGAGGGUAACAAGAGAAGCUCUACUGGAGGGGGGGAAGAGGCAGCUAAGAGACACCAAAAAGAGACGGUCGUGUGGAAAGUGGAGGAGCCCUCAGAGUUCAGGAAGAAAGCAGAGUUAGAGAAUAUUGGCAAGGAUGUGGAGAACUUUAGACUAUUCUAUGAUGAGAGUGACCCUCGCUAUCCCGUUGUCAAGAAGACCUACAGUGACAUGCACACUCAGCAGACGGUGGAGUUCGUCAAAGGGAAGCACAGCAAGUGGGACAAGCUGGACAAGUGUGAGAUGAAUAUAAUGGAUGCUCUCUUCAUGUUGGACAGCAUUAUUGAUGAGUCUGAUCCUGACACGUCUCUGCCCAACUCGAUGCACUGCUUCCAGACGGCUGAGAGGAUACGAGAGGCUCAUCCUGACAAAGAGUGGUUCCAGCUGACUGGACUCAUACACGACAUUGGCAAGGUGUUGGCGUGUUGGGGGGAGCCCCAGUUUUGUGUGGUUGGAGAUACUUUUCCUGUGGGAUGUGCAUUUUCUGACAAGUGUGUCUUCCCUGACCUCUUCCAGGAGAACCCUGACUCCAAGAACACAGAGUACAACUCAGAGUGCGGCAUGUACAAGCCCAACUGUGGGUUGAAGGACGUCCUCAUGUCGUACGGCCAUGACGAGUACUUGUAUCAGGUCCUGGUACGGAACAGGGCCCAACCAUCUGACCCAGUAACGAACGAGGCCCAACCAUCUGACCCAGUACAGAACGAGGCCCACCUCCCUGAUGAGGCUCUCUAUUGUAUCCGAUACCACUCGUUCUACCCGUGGCACAGUGGCGGCGCUUAUGACCAUCUCUGUGACGAUAAAGAUCGAGGCAUGCUCAAGUGGAUCAGGGAGUUCAACAAGUACGACCUCUACUCUAAGGCGGACACCUUGCCUAAAGUAGAGGAGCUCAAACCGUAUUACCAAGCUCUCAUUGACAAGUACAUCCCGGGGAAACUCAAGUGGUGAUGCCUCAGAACUGACUCAGUAUAAUUAUACUUUAAUUAUGAUUUUAUGUUUUCUAUGUACUUAAUUGUGUACACUGUGUGUACUGUAUCAGUAUCUAAUGUUUGCAAAUGUUG